GGGGACUCGGCCGCUCUUUGUCUGAGUACUCAGCGCUCGUGAUACCGACUACCGCUACUUACUCUCAGAGUACUUGUGUGCCCUCGCCCUCUCAUAGCAUCAUACCGCAGCACACGCCGGGCAGCCUCUGGUGUGCGCGGCUUUAUAGCAGUGAAGCCUACAGCCGCUUCCAAAGGACGACCACUGCGGAGUGCUGUGACGUCCACAUUGUGCGCAGACGCACCGUAACGCGUUUGAGCGCAUGUGUCUUAAGAACUUUAACACGUUGCCUUGCUUGGCAGAGUAGUGCUGUUGUUUUGUUUCUAAGCUUCUGGCUGAGUCAACAUAAUCGCUGUGGUCAAUGUUUGACAUCUCGGCUUAAGCGCGGCCACUCACGAGCAGCCAGCCGGGGGCGAGUGGGGGCUCUCUGCUGCACACUCCACAUUCCUCGGCCCAGCGCCAAGCAUCGUUCGCAGUCACGGGGUUUGAAAUCAUCUCGGGGUAAAGUUAGUUGGACGUUUAAAUAUCCCGUGCUUUAGACUACGGGAAAUAUCGGCGUAAAAAUCCCGGGGUGUUAAGUCUCUUCGGGUUAAAGUCCAGUCACACGAACAAUUCGGGAGCAGUCGAUUUAUCGUUUAGCGGCAGCGACCGCAGUGCCAAUGUCUUGGAGGGACCUCGCCAUGCGGGCCUCCUGGGUCGUGGGCCAGGCUGGCCGGGCCCAUGGGGCCCGUGCGGUCCAUGGAGCGGCGGCUGUGCGUGCGGCCCACGGGAGGGCGCAUGGAGGGAGUACCCUCGAUCUCAGCGGCGUCUUCCCCCCGAUCACAGCCGCCUUCGACUCCCAGGCGAAGCUGGACCUCGGCCGCCUCGGCGAGAAUCUGGACAAGUGGCUGCAGAAGCCCUUCCGAGGGUUGGUGGUUCACGGCUCUAACGGUGAGCCGGUGUUGCUGCGUCACGAGGAGCGGACGCGCGUGCUCGCCACGGUGCGCGCGCGCGUGCCCAGGGACCGCCUCAUCCUCGCGGGCUCUGGAUGCGAGGGCACGUACGAGACGCUGGAGCUGACCCGCCGCAUGGCGGACGCGGGCGCAGAUGCGGUGCUUGUGGUCACUCCCUGCUUCUACCGUGGACGCAUGACAGGCCCCGCGCUCGUCCACCACUACACCCAGGUGGCUGACGGCUCCCCGGUGCCCGUGGUGCUCUACAGCGUCCCGGGAAACACGGGCCUUGACCUGCCCCUCGACAGCAUCGUGGCGCUGUCGCAGCACCCCAACGUCAUCGGUGUCAAGGACAGCGGCGGCGACGUCACCAAGAUGGCGCAGAUUGUGCACCUGACGCGUGGGCAAGACUUCCAGGUGCUGGCCGGGUCUGCGAGCUUUCUCUACCCAGCCAUCGCCAGCGGGGCGGUGGGCGGGGUGUGCGCGCUGGCGAACGUGCUGGGCACUGAGGUGUGCGAGCUGGCGCACCUCUCCAGGGAGGGUCGACACGAGGAGGCGCGGGAGCUGCAGCUGCGUCUCAUUCGGCCCAACGCCGAGGUGACCAAGCGCUUUGGUGUGGCCGGCCUGAAGCGCUCUUUGGAGUGGUUUGGCUUCUACGGGGGCCCCUGUCGCUCGCCGCUCCAGCCGCUGGAGCCGCACGAGGAGGCAGCCCUGAGGGCUGACUUUGAGGCUGACGGGUGGCUGUAGCUCCUGGCCCCCAGGGCAGCUCGGAGGGCUUAAGUUGGAUCCUUGUUUGGCCUGGCUCUUAAUCGCGAUGACGGCUAAAGCUGACUUUGUAAACCAACUAAGUCAUUGAACUCGGCUGGAGUCUCAGCGGUAGGGCUUGCGCCUCCUCUGUCUGAAGUUUGACUACGGUUUAAAGCAGUCUUUCUCAUUUCCAUACCUUACAGCAGUACCGUGGCACCCCAAGCAAUGGAAUUGAGAAAGACUGCUUUAAAGCAUGGCAUCUCUGUGAUUAUAAACCAAUCAGGUUGCAUGCGGUGCCAAGUGACUUAAAUUUGACUAUGAAUAGAAAAUAUUGGUUUUCAAGAGAGGCAGACCCCAAGGGGGUUACAGGGACUGGGAUGGAGGCUCAGUGUCAUUUGGGUUAUGAAGUGGCUUGGCCUUCUGGGCGAAUAAGAACCGGGACGACAAUCUGACGGGGUCUCCGCUGCCGUAACCACCAGCACUGCAAUAUGUAGCCACUGCCACGUGCUCUUUUGCAACAUUUACCUGCCAAUAUUAUCGUCUUCAUUAUAAUGCAGUAUUCAAGCCAAUGCGUGAAUCAUAAAAUGUUAAGCUCACGAGAGAAUAUAUAAUUAAAGUUGAUCAAGAAU